AUGGCCUUGCUCAUGGUCUCUUUGCUGGCACUCCUAAGCUUUGGAUCUGGAUGUCAGCAUCGGCUCUGUCACUGCUCUAACCGGGUUUUCCUCUGCCAGGACAGCAAAGUGACAGAGAUUCCCUCCGACCUCCCCCGGAAUGCGGUUGAACUGAGGUUUGUCCUUACCAAACUUCAAGUCAUCCCAAAAGGAGCAUUUUCAGGAUUUGGAGAGCUGGAGAAAAUAGAGAUCUCUCAGAAUGAUGUCUUGGAAGUGAUAGAGGCAGAUGUGUUCUCCAACCUGCCCAGGUUACAUGAAAUUAGAAUUGAAAAGGCCAACAACCUGCUGUACAUCAACCCUGAGGCCUUCCAGAACCUUCCCAAUCUCCGAUAUCUGUUAAUAUCCAACACAGGUAUUAAGCACUUGCCAGCUGUUCACAAGAUUCAAUCUUUUCAAAAGGUUUUACUAGACAUUCAAGAUAACAUAAACAUCCACAUAAUUCAAAGAAAUUCUUUCAUGGGACUGAGUUUUGAAAGUGUGAUUCUACGGCUGACUAAGAAUGGGAUUCAAGAAAUUCACAACCGUGCAUUCAAUGGAACCCAACUAGAUGAGCUGAAUCUAAGUGAUAACAAUAAUUUGGAAGAAUUGCCUAAUGAUGUUUUCCAGGGAGCCUCUGGACCAGUCAUUCUGGAUAUUUCAAGAACAAGGAUCCAUUCCCUGCCUAGCUAUGGCUUAGAAAAUCUGAAGAAGCUGAGGGCCAGGUCGACUUAUAACUUAAAAAAGCUUCCUAAUCUGGAAAAGUUUGUCAUUCUCAUGGAGGCUAGUCUCACCUACCCCAGCCACUGUUGUGCCUUUGCAAAUUGGAGACGGGAAAUCUCUGAGCUUCAUCCAAUUUGCAACAAAUCUAUUUUAAGGCAAGAAGUUGAUGACAUGACUCAAACUAGGGGUCAAAGAGUAUCUUUGACAGAAGAUGAUGAACCCAAUUAUGGCAGAGGACUUGACUUGAUGUACACUGAAUUUGACUAUGAUUUGUGCAAUGAAGUGGUUGAUGUGACCUGCUCCCCUAAGCCAGAUGCAUUCAAUCCAUGUGAAGAUAUCAUGGGGUACAACAUCCUCAGAGUCUUGAUAUGGUUUAUUAGCAUUCUGGCCAUCACUGGAAACAUCCUAGUACUGGUGAUACUGACUACCAGCCAAUAUAAACUCACAGUGCCCCGGUUCCUUAUGUGCAAUCUGGCCUUCGCUGAUCUCUGCAUUGGAAUCUACUUGCUGCUCAUAGCAUCAGUUGAUAUCCACACCAAGAGCCAGUACCACAACUAUGCCAUUGACUGGCAAACGGGAGCAGGCUGUGAUGCUGCUGGCUUUUUCACUGUCUUUGCCAGUGAGCUCUCAGUCUACACUCUGACAGCCAUCACCUUGGAAAGGUGGCAUACCAUUACUCAUGCCAUGCAACUGGAGUGCAAAGUGCAGCUGCGCCACGCUGCCAGUGUCAUGGUGAUGGGGUGGAUCUGCUUUGCAGCUGCUCUCUUUCCCAUCUUUGGCAUCAGCAGCUAUAUGAAGGUGAGCAUCUGCCUCCCCAUGGAUAUUGACAGACCUUUGUCACAGCUAUAUGUCAUGGCUCUCCUUGUGCUCAACGUCCUGGCCUUUGUGGUCAUCUGUUGUUGCUACACCCACAUCUACGUCACGGUGAGGAAUCCUAACAUUGUAUCUUCAUCCAGUGACACCAAGAUCGCCAAGCGUAUGGCCACCCUCAUCUUCACUGACUUCCUCUGCAUGGCGCCCAUUUCUUUCUUUGCCAUUUCUGCCUCUCUCAAGGUGCCCCUCAUCACUGUGUCCAAGGCAAAGAUCCUCCUUGUCCUGUUCUACCCCAUCAACUCCUGUGCCAACCCUUUCCUCUAUGCCAUCUUUACCAAGAGCUUUCGCAGGGAUUUCUUUAUUCUGCUGAGCAAAUUUGGCUGUUAUGAAACACAAGCCCAAAUUUAUAGGACAGAAACCUCAUCCACUGCCCAUAACUCCCAUCCGAGGAAUGGCCACUGCUCUUCAGCUCCCAGAGUCACCAAUGGCUCCAGUUACAUACUUGUCCCUCUAAGCCAUUUAGCCCGGAGCUAA